GGUAGCAGCUUUUUACUUAAGAGCAGACGACAAUGUGUCUGAAUAUUCCGUACUGAGAUUGUUCAGUUUGUGGUGAAACAUGUCUGUAGAGGUGACACUCAACGGAGCUGCAACAAUAGAAAAAAAACAGGAUACAUGCGGGCGUCAUUAUAUUGUUUAUUUCGCGACGUUGCACUUACGAGACAAUUGUCAAGUACUUGAACGCCGGUAGUAACUUGUUUCUAUAACAAAUGUGUUCAAAUUAAUUAUUGUUAAGGAUUUGAUAAUAACAGUUUCCCCCCGUUUUGCAUAAUUAAGGACAUUGUCAAUGUGAAGAACAGAUGUAAAUAGUUAAAUUAUUUUCUUUUGAGAAAGUCGGGUUUUAUUGAUGUUAUAUGAUUUGUCAGAAAAAUGGAUUUAUUUUUACGCUCAACGAUUUUUACAAUGCUUUGUCUUCUGCUUGGAAUAAAGGAAUAUCACACUUACGAAGCACCCUGUAAGAACUUCGAAGUUAUCAUGUGUGGUGACGAAGACAAUGAGUGGGAUAUAUGUACACCAAAAACACCUGUUGUUAGCAGAAUAUUAACUGCCCAGCUUGAUACAAGAUAUAGAAACCGUUACUGUCGCAGGUAUGGAACGCCGGAAAACUUCGGGUUAUCCUCUUCAGGUCGGUCUAUGUGGACGGUUGGUUGGUGUUAUGGAACAUUCUUUCUAUGCCUAGAAAUAGAUCAUUCUCAUGAAAGUACGGAAGAUAAAGGUAACGGAUUGGGAGCGUACUCUCCCGGCCCGGAAGAAUUUUAUGAAGAUAACGAAACAACAACAUCGCCAGGCUAUAACUCGGUAUAUUCCAGCCCCAGAUAUAUAGAUACGACAGACAAUGCCAAUGUUACAGAGCAAGACUUUGAAGAAGAAGGGGAUUCCAAUCGAGAAACAGGUUCAUUAGAAACUGAUGAAUAUAUUCCAAAUGAGGAAUAUUUUGAGAGCGACAUGUUUCAAGCAGAGAUACCCACACCUGCUAUGAGUCAUCCGGAAUUCGUUUAUUAUGGACCAGAUCCUCGAAUGAAAUUUUGGUUGAUAUUUGGAAUAGUCGGUGGUGGAGUAGUAGUGGUGAUUCUUAUCUCUGCCAUUGCUUAUUUAACAAUACAAUGUUGCAAUGAUUCAAAUACUGAAGAGGUAUCUAAUUCCAAGUCAAAAACCAAAUCCAACAGGAGGUAUUUCCGACCAAAAAAAUGGUCAACUUCGGCCCUUGUAACGUCAGAACAUGAAUCGGAUGUCUACGAUUUCAUUCCAGCUGCAAAACUGAAAGCGUCAGCCUCUUUAAAGAUAGAACACGAAACAUGUGAAAAAGAAUUGUAUAAGCAAACAUAUAAAUCAACGAAUGAUAAAAACAUUGUAAAAAGCAAAUCUGAUAAAGAUACCAUGAAACAUAAAGCUACAACUUCGCAAAACAGUAAUUCUUUGAACAGAAAUGAUUACUUUAUCCUGAUGCCACACAACCUGGUCACUGAAAAUGAUGUCGAAGUUGUUUAUACACCACUAACAGAGAACAUAUAUGAUCAUUUAGUUCAUACACCAACAGGAGCAAUACCAGACGCAUCAACAUACCAUUGUUUAAAUUUUCAAAGAGAGAAACCUCUUGAAGAAGGUGACACUAAAUCGUGCAAUGAACAGGAUAUAACUCUCAGUGAGUCUAAAAAUAUUGAUGAAAACGACAACAACAGUAAAUCGGAACACAGCAAACACGACAACAGUGUGUCAAGUAAAAAAGAAAUCUGUAUCAAAUUAGAAAAAGUUCUAGAUUGCCAAAUUGACAAUUUAUCUGACACAGACAAAACAACAGCAAAAUCAAAUCUUGACAAUAAUAAUAUUGAGAAAACAGAUAGGGCAAAAGUACUUCACACUGAAAUAUAAACUUGAUAUAAAAUGUGACUUUAACGCUAUUGUGUGAAAGGAGUAAAUGUCAUUGUGAAGAAGUUUAAAAUCAUUUAAUGUUACAAUACGUUCCUUUUUUUUUAGGUACUUUUUAACAUUUUAAUUUGCUUGUGUUUUUUAUUAUUUGUACUUGGAGUUGAAAAUAUACGAGUGAACAUUA